GCUGUAUCCAUGGAGCGAGCGGGACCGUUGAUUGGCCGUCUGCGUGGCCAAUGGGAUUAUCUAGAGGAAGGCGAGGCAUAGCCGUUCGGAGGGGGCGGAAGAUGGCGGCUGGAACGGGCCCGGGGGUCCCGGACGGGGGCCCCGAGGUGCCAAACCGCGACCGUGGCGCUUUCGAAUGUAACAUCUGCCUGGAGCCGGCCCGGGAGGCGGUGAUCGGGCUCUGCGGGCACCUGUACUGCUGGCCCUGCCUGCACCAGUGGCUGGAGACCCGCCCCGAGCGCCAGGAGUGUCCGGUCUGCAAAGCCGGCAUCAGCCGCGAGCAGGUCGUGCCGCUGUACGGCCGGGGCAGCGCGGGCCAGCGCGACCCCAGGUUGAAGACCCCCCCUCGGCCGCGGGGGCAGCGCCCGGAGCCCGAGAGCCGUGGGGGCCUGCGCCCACCCUACCACGACGCCGGCUUCCACAUGGCCUUUGGCAUCGGAGCCUUCCCUUCGGGCUUCACCACCGUCCUGCGGGGCCGAGGCCAGAGCGAUGAGGCCGGUGCCCCCCGCCCCUCGGGCUGGCAGGAUUCGCUCUUCCUCUUCCUGGCCAUCAUCAUCUUCUUCUGGCUCCUCAGCGUGUGA